GAACUCCCAGUGGAAGAGCCUGCAGUCUGCAGCGAUACCCCUCUCGAAACCGAAAGUUACUCGGUUUAUACCAAGACUCGGAAGGAGAUCUUUUCCAUGCACAUUUGCCUCCAGCUUUCUUCGUAGACUGUUUUUCUAACUGCACGUUAAACUAUAGCACGAACUAAACGCGUUGUAGUAGUACCACGGCGGGUUGCCUAUCGCCCAGGAAGCCCGUGUGACUCAAGUUCUGCUUCUUGAUGUUUUCAUAGCGGAACGCUUUGCUCAACUCGCAUCUGAAACAGACGAUUCCUACAAGAAGAUGGCAUUGUGUGGAACCUGUGUGGACUUCACAGAUAUACCAAAGCGUUUUUUAGACGAUACAGAUACAGAUACAGACUCACAGGACGAUGCAGAGGACGACAUAGAGAUGUGUAUUUCAGACAGCACAACUGAGAGCUAUGGAAGAAGGAAAGGUACAACAGAGGAGAGAGAUGUCACAGCACAGAAGGCCCGCUGUCUGAUCAGCUUGCUGGUGGAAAAGGGGUGUGAUGCAUGUGGAAAAUUCAUCUUCAAACUCGCAGAGAGGGACCCCAAUCUCUAUAGUACUCUUAGGCUUCAUCAUGACAGUAGGAUUCUGUUCCGUAUGAUUCCGAAGUACAUUAAGAGUGCUGCAGUACUCGAGGGGCUGCUGAAGGACAUGCAGGAGAUGAAGCAGCUGAGUGAUGGAGAGGUGGAGAAAGUGAAGAAACAGGCCAGCACACAGCGCAUGACCUCCCACCUGACAAGCAUGGUGAUGAAGAAGGGGGAUCCCAUCAGAGAGAACUUCCUCUCCAAACUCGCAGAGAGGGACACCGAAUUCUACAGAAAAUGUAGUCAUGAUUUGGACCCAGUUUGGAGGCUAAGGGAGGUGCAAUCCCAGUUUGCCAACAGAGUGAGUGAUGCCGUGAUCGAGGGGCUACUGAAGGACAUGCUGAAGAUGAAGGUGCUGAGCGAUGAGGAUGUGGAGGAAGUGAGGGAUGCUCCCCAGAAUACCAGGCUCCAGUCUUGGUUGGUGGAGCAGAUCAACAGUGGGCGGUACCCUGGUCUGAGCUGGACUAAUGAGGCACUAAAACAGUUUCGAAUCCCAUGGAAACAUCACCACCGGAAGGACUCGACACCUGAGGACAGAAUGAUAUUCAAGGACUGGGCAGUGGCGACAGGUCGUUACUGGGAGGGUAUUGACAAGCCCGAUCCUGCUGCCUGGAGGAGGAAUUUCCGGUGCGCUCUGGCUAAAGACAAGAUCCUGGUGUUGCGUGCUGAUCACAGUCAAGAUGCAGUCGAUCCACACAAGAUAUAUCAGAUCGAUAGCAACGCAGAUUCCAGAUUGGAAGAAAGAGGCAGGCUGCCAUCUCUCCUAAACGAACAUUUUAGCAACCGCUUGUCCUUUAAGAUCACAGAAUUCAUCACAUUUCGACCUACAAUACACCAUGAGGGAUACCGUAAAUACUACAGGUUUUCGUUCAAGAAAGAAGGAGAAUACCAGUGUGAGAUCACAGCUCUGAUUUUUGACGUGGCGUCUCCAGCUGAAGUUGUGUAUGGGACUGAGCACUGGGAGAAGUGUCCCCUAGACCAGAGCUCCCUGCUUCCUGCCGGCCCGCUGUAUAAUAUAAACAGUCCACACGGAGCAUUGGGGCACCUUUCCUUCCCACAUUCGGAGUGCUCCUCUGAAGAUCAAAAUCACUUGAUGGUGGCACACUACAAGAAUGAAAAUGUUGAGAUGAUUAAACCAAGCGAAGUGACAGAAACUCACAUCAAGAUAAAAGUGACAGAAAUGUCUCUCUUUGGUCUCGUGAGAAGACUCCUGAACUAUAAAACUCAAAGUAAAGCUCAGGUGCUUCUGUUUCUCAGGCAGCUGACUGAGAUAAAGAAGCUGAAUGUUUUCUUGCUCUCCUCAAAUGUUGUUUUAGAUGAUGUGCAAGAGAAACAAAAAGGCAGUAUUUUCAUUGAGACAAGUUCACACUGUGUUGUGUUGGAAGAGGAAAAGUACAGCGUUUCAUGUGACCAGGAAAAUGCUCAUGUACAACCAGACACGUAUGAUUUUGUAAGAGACUACGGUCCCAACUUCCCCCCAACAUUUGAAAUCUUUUUGAACAAUGACGUUAAAGGUCUGACUCUUGAGGUUUUCAAAAGCACCAGAAGGGAUGCUUCGGUCUGGUCUCGCAGAGUAUGGCUUGAUGCUCAAGUACCAGUGUUUCCAGCAGGGACGGCCAGGUGUACCAGUGACUAUGUGCAAUCUGAAACGGCUGUUGUAAAACCGAGACCUACCCCAUUACAAGCAGGUUCAGCUCACCGCUAUCACCUCUGCGCUGACUUGGGAGGGGCGAAGAUGAACACACGCUGUCCUCCGAAGCAUGUGCCGUCAGCCGCCCGCUUCUUUACACUCUGCAGACUCACCGUGCAGCCGCCUCAGAGCUACAGCGUCGGAGGACAACGCAGCUCUGGGCAGCUUACAGGCAAGCCCGCAGGCGCCCAGCCAGACUACAGGGGUCGCUGGUGCGCAGUGAGCCGAGGACACCCUGGCCGACCUAACCAUCCCUCCCCCCGGACGACGCUCGGCCAAUUGAGCGCCGCCCCCUGGGAGCUCCCAUCCUCGGUCGGCUGUGGAAUAGCCUGGACUCGAACCGGCGACGUCCAGGCUAUAGAGCGCAUCCUGCACUCUAGCGAGACCUUUUACUGGAUGCGCCACUCGGGAGCCCCCUAACUUGUUUCACUUUUUAAUAAAAAUAGUCGGCAAAAAACAUAUUUAAAGGCAGGUACAUUCAUCAGAAAAAAACAAAAAAAACCAAAAAACAAACUAAAUAUAUUUUAAAUACCAAUAUUGCAUUGAAAUAAAGACAAAACAUCAAUCAAAGCAACUGCCUAUACCUGCCACUCAGGAAAGGAGAGAAGUGGGGGCUACAAAGACUCGACAUACUGUAAGUAAAUAGACACAAUUUAUCACAUGCUGUCGAGCUGCAGACUGUUGACUCAACUCGAAACAGCCAUGUAUACACAUGGCCUAUUCACAGAGCCCAGUGCUUGGGACUUGGCUGUGGCGACGCCGCAGAAUCCCUAUAUAUAUAUAUACAGUAUAUAUAUAUAUAUAAUAUAUAAGGCAUAUUUAUUUAUAGUACGUUGGUGUCUAUCAGGGACAAGCCACCGAACCCCUGCCUACAAUGACCUAAUAAUAUUCAGAAGCUUUAAUAUUGUUACAAUGUGUAUAAUCCGGGUCCACUGAACUGCAUUUUACAAGCCGCUUCCACUAAGCGGUCUAGCAUUGGAAUAAUAAUAAGCAGAAUUCGCUAAAUUGCGGUCUACCAAGGGAAUGCAUUAUUCUUUAUUAUUAGGCUGAUAUGUACUUCUAUUUAAUCAACAUUUAUUACUUUGCCUUACCUUGAAAAAAACAAAGUCGCUAAUCCUUGAUUGUUUGGAAGCCAUUCGAACACGUUUAACUAACAGCUCUGGGGGUAUGAACUGAGUCGUACGGUGUCUCUGUAGUCUGCAGUGACAGUACAAGAUUUCGAAGAGCACACGGGCUGUAGAUAUCAGCGGGACUUGGGAAUGCAUGUAUACACACAAUGAGGAAUGAAAUGCAUUUUAUUUUGUGGCAAAACAAUGUGUAAAAGUGUCUAAAUAAAUAAUUAGUAUGAUUUUAACCGAGGCCCUUGCCUUGGGUG